CACUCCUCACCCCCAACCUCCACCUGUGGAGAGCUAGACCUCAUUGAAGGGGUAUGGCCAUGGCCCACUGGUGUCAGGGUGGUCCCUAUGAUGCUGCACCACUGGAACUUGGAAAUCCCUCUCCGGGUGCUACGGAAAAGGUUAGAGUUACUUGUGAAUUGGUAAAAAGCCACUAUGGAGACUAAGGACCAGAAGAAACACAGAAAGAAAAACAGUGGGCCCAAAGCUGAGAAGAAGAAGAAACGGCAUCUGCAGGAUCUCCAAAUUGGAGAUGAGGAAGAUGCCCGGAAGAGAAACCCCAAAGCCUUUGCAGUACAGUCUGCUGUGCGGAUGGCUCGAUCCUUUCACAGGACUCAGGAUUUGAAGACCAAAAAGCAUCACAUUCCAGUGGUUGAUCGAACUCCAUUAGAGCCCCCACCAAUAGUGGUAGUGGUGAUGGGGCCUCCAAAAGUUGGAAAGAGCACUUUGAUCCAGUGCCUAAUUCGGAACUUCACUAGGCAGAAACUGACAGAGAUCAGAGGCCCUGUUACGAUCGUGUCAGGUAAAAAGCGCAGACUUACCAUCAUUGAAUGUGGGUGUGACAUUAAUAUGAUGAUUGAUCUGGCUAAAGUGGCAGAUUUGGUUCUGAUGCUUAUAGAUGCCAGCUUUGGUUUUGAAAUGGAAACAUUUGAGUUUCUAAACAUCUGUCAAGUACAUGGCUUUCCUAAAAUUAUGGGCGUUCUCACUCACUUAGAUUCCUUUAAGUAUAAUAAACAACUGAAGAAGACAAAGAAGCGAUUAAAACACCGGUUCUGGACAGAAGUUUACCCGGGUGCUAAGCUGUUCUACCUUUCUGGAAUGGUACAUGGAGAAUAUCAAAACCAAGAAAUUCACAAUCUGGGCCGUUUUAUUACAGUUAUGAAGUUUAGGCCUCUUACGUGGCAGACCUCUCAUCCCUACAUCCUGGCAGACAGGAUGGAAGAUUUGACAAACCCAGAAGAUAUUCGAAAAAAUAUCAAGUGUGACCGAAAAGUAUCUCUUUAUGGUUAUUUAAGAGGAGCACACUUGAAAAGUAAAAGCCAAAUUCACAUGCCAGGGGUAGGAGAUUUUGCUGUGAGUGACGUCAGUUUCCUCCCAGACCCCUGUGCGCUUCCUGAACAACAAAAGAAGCGCUGUUUAAAUGAGAAAGAGAAGUUGGUUUAUGCGCCGCUGUCUGGAGUUGGUGGUGUGCUGUAUGACAAAGAUGCGGUCUAUGUUGAUCUUGGUGGCAGCCAUGGCUUCCAGGAAUCGGUGAGGCCCACCCAUGAACUGGUACAGAGCCUCAUUUCCACCCAUUCCACUAUUGAUGCCAAGAUGGCUUCAAGUAGAGUGACACUUUUUUCUGAUUCUAAACCACUGGGAUCUGAGGAUAUAGAUAAUCAAGGACACUGGAUGCCAAAAGAAGAAAGGCAGAUAGAUUUGGAAACCGGUCGAGUGCGUCGGAAAGCCAUUUUUGGAGAUGAGGAAGAUGAGUCUGGAGAUAGUGAUGAAGAAGAUGAUGAAGAGAUGUCUGAAGGCGACAGGUUGGAAAAUGGCUCUAGUGCUGAUGAAUCGGAAGAGGAAGCAGACGCUGAAAUGACUAAUAAAAUGUAUAUGGUGGGUAAAGGUGUCAAACGGCAGAGACUUGAGGAGAUGGAAGAAGACAAUGAGGUGGAUUUGCCAGCAUUUGCUGAUAGUGAUGAUGACCUUGAGAGGAGUUCAGAGGAAGAAGGAGACGCAGAGGAAGCUGAUGAAAGCAGUGAAGAAGAGGAUUCCACUUCAGGAGAGAGGGAUAGUUUAGAAUCUAGGGUUGUUGGAGACCGUGGUAAACCAGGACUUUUACAAACUAAUGGUUUGAGUGACAGUUUGAAUCUGGAGAAUCCUUUGACAAUCAGAAAAGCAACCCUCACCACUUCAGAUUCAGGUCAUUGCACAGCUGAAGAGGCAUUUGCAUCUGGGGAUGAAACUGAAGAAAGCUCCUCUCUCAGUACAGAGGACGAGGACUCAGAAAAUGAAGAGGCUAUUAAGAAAAAGUUUCCAGAGUCUUCUAAAGUGGCCAGUGGUCAGAGACUGGGGUCAGAGAACUUAAUUGAUGAGACCAGUGAUGUAGAAGACUUACUCAAAGAGGAAGAAGAUUACAAGGAAGAAAAUAACUAUUCCACAGAAACUUCAGGCGCUCUCAAGUGGAAGGAAGACCUUUCCAGAAAGGCAGCUGAGGCCUUUCUGAGGCAGCAACAGGCAACUCCAAACCUUCGAAAGCUUAUUUAUGGGACAGUGACAGAGGACAAUGAAGAAGAAGAUGGUGAUACCAGGGAGGAACUCGGAGGAUUGUUCCGUGUCAGCCAGCCUUCAAGAGAAUGUAAGCACAAGCUUGAUUCUUUGGACUGCUCCAGAUUUCAUGUGGAGGCGCCCCAUGAUUGGGAUUUAGAGGAGGUCAUGAACAGUAUCAGAGAUUGCUUUGUGACUGGGAAGUGGGAAGAUGAUAAAGAUGCAGCCAAGAUCUUAGCAGAAGAUGUGCUCACCAUGAUUGAAGAUGUAGAAGAAGUUAAGGAAGAAAUUGACCCCAAUGCAGAGGAAAGUGCCAAGAAAAAGCAUUUGGAUAAAAAGAGAAAAUUGAAGGAGAUGUUUGAUGCAGAAUAUGAUGAAGGAGAAAGCACAUAUUUUGAUGAUCUUAAAGGAGAAAUGCAUAAACAAGCACAGCUUAAUCGAGCAGAAUUUGAAGAUCAAGAUGAUGAAGCCAGAGUUCAGUAUGAGGGUUUUCGACCUGGGAUGUAUGUUCGAAUUGAGAUAGAAAAUGUCCCCUGUGAAUUUGUGCUUAACUUCGACCCCCAUUACCCAAUGAUUUUGGGUGGUUUGGGCAAUAGCGAAGGCAAUGUCGGAUAUGUACAGAUGCGUCUGAAGAAACAUCGUUGGUAUAAGAAAAUCCUCAAGUCCCGAGAUCCAAUCAUUUUCUCUGUGGGGUGGAGGAGGUUUCAGACCAUUCCACUCUAUUACAUCGAAGACCACAAUGGGAGACAGAGGCUUCUAAAGUAUACUCCACAGCACAUGCAUUGUGGAGCAACUUUUUGGGGUCCUAUUACUCCACAGGGAACUGGGUUCUUGGCAGUACAGUCUGUUAGUGGCAUAAUGCCUGAUUUCCGGAUAGCUGCCACAGGAGUUGUCCUUGAUCUGGAUAAAUCCAUAAAAAUUGUGAAGAAAUUAAAGCUAACUGGUUUUCCAUAUAAAAUUUUCAAGAAUACAUCAUUCAUUAAGGGAAUGUUUAAUUCUGCUUUGGAAGUGGCCAAAUUUGAAGGUGCUGUGAUUCGAACUGUCAGUGGCAUAAGGGGACAGAUCAAGAAAGCACUUCGGGCUCCAGAAGGAGCUUUCCGGGCCAGCUUUGAGGAUAAGUUGUUGAUGAGUGAUAUUGUCUUCAUGAGGACUUGGUAUCCCGUCUCCAUUCCAGCCUUCUAUAACCCAGUGACUUCUUUGUUGAAACCAGUUGGUGAGAAAGACACCUGGUCAGGAAUGCGGACCACCGGUCAACUCCGGCUUGCCCAUGGUGUCCGACUAAAGCCCAACAAGGAUUCUUUGUAUAAGCCAAUCAUGAGGCAAAAGAAACAUUUUAAUUCACUCCACAUUCCAAAAGCCUUGCAGAAGGCCCUGCCAUUUAAGAACAAGCCCAAGACCCAAGCAAAGGCAGGCAAGAUACCGAAGGACAGGAGGAGACCAGCCGUCAUACGGGAACCUCAUGAAAGGAAGAUCCUUGCACUGCUGGAUGCUCUAAGUACGGUGCACAGUCAGAAGAUGAAGAAGGCCAAGGAACAACGGCAUUUGCACAAUAAAGAACACUUCAAGGUGAAGCAGAAGGAGGAAGAAGAGAAACUGAAGCGACAGAAGGACCUCAGGAAGAAGCUCUUCCGAAUUCAGGGUCAAAAAGAAAGGAGAAAUCAGAAGUCCAGCCUGAAGGGGUCUGGGGAGCCAUCAAAAUGAGCUUUAAACAGAUAGUCUUUGCAUCUGCAGAGGUGGAUGGUUUCAAAUACUACAGUACCUGUAAAUGACAGCAGGGCACUGGAGCCCAAGGAAGACCCCUUUGUUGGAUAUGUUGCCCAGACUGUGCCUUUGAGAAGAGAAAUGGAGACUCAGCUGAUAGGACGCCCAUUCAUUCUCAGAGCCUAGGUUGUGUCAAGAUUUAAAGCAAUAUUAUUUAUGGUUUUGUAGAUUCCUUCACAUUCCUCUUACCUUAGUUUUCAUUUUU